GGUAUUCUUGAAGAUGGCCGCGUUAUUGAUACCUCACUCUCCCGUGAUCCACUGCAAGUGGAAUUGGGCAAAAGACAAGUCAUCCCAGGUUUAGAACAGGGUCUGCUGAAUAUGUGUGUUGGGGAGAAACGAAGAGUCAUUAUCCCUCCUCACCUGGCAUAUGGCAAGCGAGGUUCCCCACCAGCUAUACCAGCUAAUGCUGUUCUGCAAUUUGAAGUUGAAUUAAUCCAGCUCUCCAGAGCCAAUCACUGGCAGAAGCUGUCCAACGACAUACUCCCCUUGCUGAGCAUUGUGCUUGUCCCAGGCCUGCUGGGACUGAUUGGUUACUAUCUCUACCACAGAGUCCAGAUGCCCCGAAUAUCUAAGAAGAAACUCAAGGAAGAGAAGAAAAACAAAGCCAAAAGGAAAUAAAGUUGUUCUUUAUCUUUUUCAA